UCUGAACUGGUUCAAUUACAAAAGAAAAUUACAGUUUUAAGUUCUUCGGUGGCAGCCAUCGACAUUUUGUGAAUAUGAUCGACAUGAUUGGCAAUUUUUACCGAUUCAUCGGCGAUCUCCUCCAACCAUUAGUGGCCCCACGUAAUAGAUUGGCUCAGCUCAAUGCUGAUGAUGGUUCGACCGGUUCGCAUGGUUUGGCCCAUCUCGACGAUCUGGCCGCUAGGGCGCUGACUGCAGUUUUUGGUAUGGAUGCCGAGGGGAGAAUAAGGAAGGAGACGGCACGUUGUGUGGUGGAGAAGCUUGGUUUGAUCGGUGGCGAUGAGGAUGGAUAUGGGUUCGAGCUUGUCGGUGGGCCGGAAGAUGAGCUCCUGCGGGCCGAGGAGAUUGUGGGUGGAGCGGAGGAGGAGGAUGGGCCGCAGCAGCGUGUAGAGCUCCUGCGGCAGGCCUUCAUGGUGUUUGACGAGGAUGGUAAUGGUUUUAUAGAAGCUGUGGAGGUGAAGAGAGUGUUGGAGUGUCUUGGGCUGGCUAAAGGGUUGGAUAUGGGAGAAUUUGAACGGAUGGUUGAGAUGGCGGAUUUGAAUUUUGAUGGGAAGGUGGAUUUUGAUGAAUUUGAAUUGAUGAUGGGUGAAAAACAUAAAUAAGGAAAUGAAGAUCUUUGAUUGCUUGUGUAUACAUUUCGUGACUUUGCAUGUAAAAAAAUGUUUUAGGGUGCGUUUGAUUGCACCAAAGUCAAGAACUUUUUAACCAUGAAAUUUCAUGAC